AUGGUAGACGUCGCCGUGUCGACCCAGCUCCAGCAAUGGUCCUUCGAAAAAUCCUCGCUCGUCCGCCCAGAGCGCAGUGACAGCUCGGCGUCGUCCCCGGACCUGUACAACCACCACGACAGCGAGACCCUGCGGAUAGAUGCUCCUGCCGUGGACCACGAUACCACCGCCCUGGACCCAAAGGAGACGAUUUUCCAGGAACGAUAUCUCUCGUCCGAGGAGGACCUCUCGCCUAUGGACUUCUCAGAUUCAGACUUCGACGACACAGCCAGCAUCCACGGCCUCGAGAAAAAGUGCUUCUCAGCAAGGAAGAUGUCUAUUUCGAGAUUCGAGAAGGGAAAGAGUUGUGACAUGGCGAUUACAGUGUCGUAUGUUUCGGCAGGUCGACCAAAGGUGAUUGAACUGACGCCAGCCCCUGGUUCGCCAAUCCGUGAGGCGCCGCAACGGUCAGCCUCACUACCGCUCAACCAGCUGCCAAUCGCAGCCAUCAAUAAACUGCAGAAGGCUGACGCAGCCUCUCGACUCUCUCUAAACACAACGAGCUCAGUGAGGACUCAGUCGCGGUCGCAGUCGCGAUCACGGUCGCCAUCGCCUGCGGUUAGUGUACGAAGGCCGUCGCUAGGACGUUUACCGUUCUCGAAUAGCAGCAGCAAACUAAAUAUCUCGGAUUCUUCCUCUUUCGGUGACAGCUCGACAAGAAGUAACUCUCCCUUGACGAGCGAUCAUUCCACCCGUCCAGCAAGUGCAGCAGCACUCUCUCACCCAGCCCCUCGAUCAUCGCUCUACGUAGUCUCGAAUGCCAGAAACUCGCCACUCUCUCCGUUCCCUCCUCUCACCCCACAAUCGCCGGGACCGCACUCUUUUCUGAGCUCAGAUCCAUACGAAACCACGACAACUUCUGCAGCUUCUCCUAUUAUCAAAUCUGGACCACACAAGCGCCUGCGAAGCAUAUCACAAAAGCUAUCACUGGCGAAGAUUGCAAUCACACCAUCGAAGAAGUGGGAUUCGCGCAUAAAUGGCAAGCCUGUUGCCAUGCCUCCCACGCCCGGAACACCAUUCACUCCCAUGACCCCAAUGACCGCUCCACCCACAUCCUUCUCAUCACCAAAGAAUAGGCUACGGCGAAACUCGCGGAUAUCUCGUCCAUCCUCUGGGCGAGGACCAUCUCCCGAAAUUCCUCCUCUUCCUACUACACUCUAUAGCGAGUCCCGAUCUUCCAAGAACAUCCAGAAACUGGUGCCACGCGGCGCCAACGAGCGCGAACCCACACUUGAGCUCCCGCCAUUCCCCGCCGAAGACUCCAGUGGCGAAAUGACCAUGUCAAGCAUCAAAGCGCGACGGAUACGCAAGCGGAAAAGCCUAAUGGACUUUACCAAAGACUUGAUGUGA